GUCGACUUACAAAUUGAACAUAACUUCCAGUGACCUGCAUACGCCAAUGUCCGUCCCUGAGCUCUCUCCAGCUGUCAUUCAGGAGCUUCUACCGCACCUGCUGCCUCCCUCCCCUCUCCCCCAACCUCUGCUCUCAAAAUCUCUUUUACAACGCCUCACGUAUCUUCCCCCAUCACCUUCUGAUCUCGACGCUCAUCUCUCGCCUUUUCCUUCGUCUGAGGAACAGCCUAUAUCUAGUCGGUUGAGAGAGUUGUCAAGAGGUCAUAGGUGGUCGGAGAAGCAAUAUGCCAGGGAGGGCGAAGAUGUCUUUGCGAGGAUGAUCGUCGAGCGAGAAGAAGGCGGUGAAGGAGUCGAAGUCUGGUUUGAAUGGGAAGGGGGGAGUGAAGGGAGCGAAGGUAGAGGGUGGGUCUAUCACUCCGCCCGUAUUCCAUCAACAAGCGAGCAUAUCUGGUUCUCCUCACCAGCAUUAUUACCUCCACCAGUACACCACAUGCCAGAACCAUCACACGACGAAGCCGACGAUCCGUAUGCUGCCCCAGCAGGCUAUUGGUCAGCGUUUGACGACGAACCCUUGUUCGACACCAAAGAACCUGAUUAUGAAAGCGACCACGUUGGCGCCGAAGAUGCCUACUGGGCUCAAUACUCUCGCCCCGCCACGGCACCAAUCACACCUGGUACCCAUACUCCAGGUUUAUAUCAUGCCCAUUCCGAGUCGAAUCCCCACAACGUGCCCCAUCCUCAUGCACACAACGGACUUGCGUCGUAUUUCCAAAAGACACGCCCUGAUGUUUCCCAAGAGCAGUUGAAGAGUAUCGACGAAACGGCUGUGAAGCUCCAUGAGUCUCUUACUCAGUUAGGGUUGCACCCUCAAAACGGUGGCCUUGCUCUUGCCAGCUUGAGCUUGGAGCCGAAAGGUAUAUGGAGAGAGACCGGUGAUGAUGUGAGGGCCAAGAUAGCGGGCAAAAUUGGGAGCGGUCUCAAUAAUAUUUGGCGACAAUUUGUUGGUCAAAGUGAAGGAGAAGAGAAAGAAGAGAAAGCUAUGGCGUGGUUGCGCCUUGCUCAACCGGUUGUCGAUCCCUUAGCAUGCCCUAUAGCAAUCAACAGAAGUCUCAAUAGUGAAAGGGUGGUGGCAAAGCUGGAAGUGCUGAAAGAUAUGUACGAAUUAUUGAAUGAGGCGGAAGAAGAGCAAGGAUUUUGGCGUAUGGUGGAAGGAGUGAUCAGGAAGAGCUCGGGAGAAGAGGAAGGCAUGGAGGACGAAGUGACGCGGCAGCAAAUGUACUACGAAUAAGGAUUAUGGGUACCCGGCCAUGCAUUUUUACGCAUCUACG